GGCUCCAGGUGAAGAUACAGAGAAGUGACGAAGAAGAAGAAGGCGAAAGGAGGCUGAGCAAUGGCUUUGGAGAAGUAUGCAUCGACAAACCCUAAUACAAUCCAUACAGACGUUCUCUCCGAGGCUAGACAAGCCUGCUACAAGGCACGUGAUGCUUUCUACACAUGUUUGGAAAAGGAAUCGAACAAGAAACCCACGGAAAUCGCGUCAGUGGGCCUCCUCUACCCGGUCGAAUGCAAGGAAUCAAGGGCUCAAUAUGUGAGCCAGUGUCGACCCACUUGGGUGAAGCAUUUUGAUCGGCAGUAUUGUUCCAAGAAGAGAGUUCAGAGGCUUUUGGAUGAUAAUGAAUCCAGAAGAGGGUUGUGAGGCUUUGCCUAAGGAAGAUGGAAGCAAAUGUUUAAUGGAUCAAUGUGAUAAAUUAUUGGGUGACUCUUUUAUCAUUAACCCAAGUUGAAGUUAGAGUGAGGAGUUCUUGAAUGGUUUUUGGGCUUUGAUGCAACACUAGGAAACUGGUGAUUCCCUGGAUUGCAACGUUGCUGGCAUUAUCAAUGAACUUAAGCACCAAUAUAUGUGGAUCUCACAAAAUGUAUUUCUAUCAUGAAUAAUGAACAUAAAUGUCAAACUUGUUGAUGUUGUUUUUUUGUUGAUUCCUGAAGUUUGUAUGCUUUUCUGGCCAUUUUCUUAAUUAUUUCUAGGCAGUUGACUUGGGUCGCUGCAUGAGCACUUGAAAGAAUGAAGUUCAUCUUUUAGUUUCCACUGCCUAAGUGGUUUAUAAAGGCUUUGUAUGAGGAAGCAUUGCUUAUUGUUAAUAAAGCUUCAUCUUUUGUAGAUUUAUAGA